AUGCGCCUCUACCUCCUCCCAAUUUCCACCCGGCGCACCCUCCUCUACUGCCAAAAGCUCCAACCGCCAUCUGCCUCGGCGGCCUCUGCCAUAACCGGCUCUUCUCCGUCUACUCCAACAUCAACAAAACAAAAACAAUCAUGGGGCGACUACAUCCAGACCAAAGCAGCCCUAACCUGGGCGUCCUGGGAGAAGAAGGAAUCCGGCUGGCAAAAGUCCGUCGUCGGUUACGGCAACCACCUGCUCAGGAAGCUUCCCUACGAAGAAUGGGCGUUAAAGAGCGUGCCACCCUUGACCAAGGCGCGACAACGACAGCUUGAAGCGUUCGUGCAGGAACAGGCGCAGGAGCAGGGAGGGUUUGAGAAGGAAUCAUCAGCGGAAGCGGAGAAGGGAGGCAAGAGGGGGAAAGUUCUGGAUGUGGGCAAGGUAGAGGUGGUGUACCCCGGUGGACUGAUUACCGCGGAACGAGUGCCGAGGAUAUUGCACAAGUUGGCGACGGAGAGGGAGGGGCAUCAUAAGAAGUGGUUCUGGUAUUGUUUGGCGGGGAUGCCGGUUACUAUUCCUAUUGGCAUCUUACCGUUAGUCCCAAACCUCCCCUUCUUCUACCUCUGCUACCGCGCCUGGUCCCACCACCGCGCCCUCUCCGGCGGCAAACACCUCUCCUACCUGCUCCAACACCCCUCGCGCCUGCUAUCCUACACGCCCUCGCCCAUCCUCGACGAAGUAUACUCCACCCAGCGCUUCCCGCUCCCGUUCACUCCCGAGCCGACCACGGGCCCCGAAGCCGAGACAGUUAAGCACCCGGAUCCGGCCAAGGUCGUCGAGGCGAUGAACGGCAAAAACACCAGCAGCACGACGGAAAAGACUGUGGGUGGGGUGAAUUUGGGUCACGUCCUAGAAGAAGGCGAAGUGGAAAAUGGCGAAGUCAUGUUGCUGAGCCAGGAGAACGCGAAGAAGAUGGUCAAGUUGCUGGACGUGCCUGAACUUGAGGUGGAGUUGGAACGGGCAAUUUGGCAGGUUGAGACGGCGGUGGAGAAGAAGAAUAGGGAGAUUGGGGCGGCGGUGAAGGUGAGUGCGCCGACGGUGGACGAGAGCAAGAAGGAGAAAGCGCAGUGA